AGCCGGGAACGAAUGAUUGUCCGUGAGUCUGGGGUGUGUGAUCAAAUCUCCGCACCGCCUUCAGACGCUUUGCCCUCCCCAACGUGCUUUUCCUUUUCCCCUUCCUGUCGAUUUUUUUUGUCUUCCUUGUUAAUUCACUGGAAACGGAGCCUUAGCACAUCUACGAUGCAUUUUCUGAACUUCUCUAACAUUUUCUCUCCGGGUUAUUUAGCUUUUGAUCCAACUUCACCCUCUUGACCGCCAGCUUCCUUCCCCACGAGCAUACUGAAAAUCAACUUUGGUGAAACACACAUUUCGCCUUCCUUUCCUUUUUUUUUGAAGCAACCGAAGUCUGCGCACCACUCUCCAUAACUAAUGGAGGUGGCCGAAAGCAGGGAAACUACUUCGGUCGGCCCGCCAGCCGGGGCGGAGUCCACCGUCACCAAUGGCGAACACCACCUUCUUAUUGACCACGCACUCAUGGAAGAUGAUGAUGAUGAUGGACGGUCGAGUAGUCUAAGUGAAAUUGACGACGUCUCAGAGAAUAUGGUAUUUGACCUCGAAUCGCCUAAACCUGAGAAGAUCAUUGCGGAGAAUGAUUCGGAGGCGGAAACAGAGCGCAUCGAAGAUUCUCCAAAUCAUAUCCGCUUACGAAGAGACAUUGUUGUAAGCGCAACCAGUCACGGUCCGAGCCCCAGCAAGCUGGCCCAGUCCACAACGUACGAUGAAGUUGAAGACGAAGAUCAUCUACCGGACGAUUCACCUAGCAAGCCCCGUUUAAAAAAUAACCAGGUCCCUGACCUGGGUGAAGAGACGCCAGGGCCUGAGGACUCCGCGCUUUCAGAAGGCAUUGGAAAGAAACGUAAGCGGUCUGGCUCGACUGACGAGCUGGGCACGGAACUGGAUGAAGAGGAUGAGCCUCCUCAGAAGCGCCGCGGUUCCCUCAAAAGUGACCUGAGUGAUCCUCCCGCAGACGACAUUGUACUAACACCUGAGCCCAUCGAGGAGCCCAUUGAAGAGCCACCCAAGUCAAACGAAGAAGAGACCCCAGCGGAUGACAUCCCCGAGUCCGACUUGCCAGCCGCUCCUACCAGGGGAAGAAAGAGCAAGAAGGGAAAGCGAAAAGGUCGAAAAACGAGGGAUGCCGAUGAGGACGCCGACAUGGCUCUUGAAACUGGCGCGGAAGGCGGUGGGGAUGAUAUCCUCGGAGAUGAGGAGGCUGCCGAACGUGGAGAAGAAGGAGAUGAUGGUGAAGCAGCCGCCAAACUUGAGGAAGAAUCAGUGAAACGGGUAUCCGCGAUGGAGUCACUAGCUAUAUUAGAGCGGGAGUUUGCCGCCCUACGCGACAAGAUCUAUGAUGAGCGAGUCUCUAAACUCAAUCGCGAGCUUGAAAUGUUGAAUGGGCCCAAUCCGACGCAUCCCGAGUUCUUGCGUCAGUUGGAGUGUAUUCAACGGUAUCGUGACGCCAAGAUCCAAUACGAACAUACCUUGUAUCAAUACCGAUUCAAAGCUCUGGUGAACAAGAGCUUGGCCGAACGGGCGCAGGCACAUAGUACUUUUUUCCAGCGGAUUCGGGACGUUCGCGAAAAACAAUCGAGUAAUAUCAGCAAGCAGUUCUAUGCUAUCCAACAUGACCGCUUCAAGACGGAUGAAAUCAGCCCACAGCAUUAUAUCCCGUUCCCCACCCGCCGUUCGCAACAGAUUGCCAAUCAGACUGCCUACAAUCAAGAAGUAUCCAUUCUGGCUGGUGUUGCGAAAUAUGUCGGUUUCCCCGCUGCGCCUUCAUUGUCUGCUGCACGGCCAGCUGAACUCGAAGAUGACAUGGAAAAAAUGGGCAUCUCCAUUGAAACAAGACCUCCCAUCCCACACCAUCACUCGACAUUACCACGAGGCGCAAUGUCGUCUAUGUCGUCGAACGUUUUCCGCACCGCUGCAGAGGAGGCGUUCCUAGAACAGACGCCUUGGGCCAACCCACAGCAUCCAAUUCACCAUCAACAGCAUAUGCCGCAAAGACCUCAAAGCCGGGUCUUUGAGAACCCGCGGGCACCGGCGUACACCACACCAGCGGCUCAGAAACGAGUGGUGGACAUUCACGCUCCUAACGGGUCGGCAUCCACCAUCGCCGAAAACUCCUCGGCCAAUAACACACCCUAUGAUCACGAGCAGGCCACUCAGGGUGUCGGGCCGUAUGGGAAUCCCGAAUACGACGCAGACCGACGAUCCGGAUUCCGAUCGUUAAGCUCCUCCCCGCUAGAUGUGCGGAAAUCCCAUCCGUCCUCGUAUAACACCCUUGACAACCGAUCACCACCGCACCGGAAUGCCGGUUACUCACCGCCUCCCGCCCGAUUAGGGCUCUUCCAAUCGAAACGCGACUCAUCACCACCCCUAUCCUCCAAGCCAGUAAAUUCCAUUCAUCAUCAUGGAUCAACCGGAGUCUUAGGCGGCUCCGGCUCGAAUCGAAUGACAGCCCGAUAGAACCGAAAGAUUUCCACCGUCGUAACCCUUCCAUCCUCCUUUCUCUAUCACACCUCAUAACGUUUUCACAUAUUGUCUCCAUACCGGUUUGGAUAGUGCAUUGGGCCUCACGCGGUGUUGUAGAGUUGCUCUUCUAUCAUAUUCUUUUUCUUUCUCUUUUAUAAUGUAUGUACGGGUUGGCAUGUACGACUGGAAUCGAAACAGGGAUGAACUUCAAUCUCACUUACAGUACCCCUUCAUUUUCUCAUUUUCAAGUCUUCUCGACAUUUCCUUAUAUCUUGGUCUCGGCGAAUUGUGAAUAUGGGAUUCAAAUGGAUGCAUUGCUGGGCUUGCUUUUGUGUUGCUACCUUUGUAUAGCACAAUACCUAUCUACCUACCUAUCUAUACAUGCUCUGAUACAUAUAUUGGCUAUGAAGCCUUAUUUAUUCUAUCUCAGCUGGGUGCUCUUUCCUUAGAUU